UCAGUUGAGGAGCUCAGAGAGAAAAUGGCUUUUGUCGAGUCUCUGCUGCAGUUUCCCAGCACAGGUACAUUACUGGGAGCUUUGCUGUUGCUUCUGGUUUUGUUUUUGCUUUCUUCUGGAUCCAAAUCUCAGAAAGGAGGGAAAGAGCCACCGGGACCAAAACCGCUUCCACUGGUGGGGAACCUGCUGACCCUUGACCUCACAAGACCCUUUGACACUUUUUUUGAGCUCUCUAAAACCUACGGGAACAUAUUCCAAGUCUUUCUGGGUCCCAAACAAACCGUGGUCCUAGUUGGAUACAAAACCGUCAAAGAAGCUCUUGUGAACCAUGCAGAAGAGUUCGGUGACAGAGACAUUGCACCUAGUUUCAGGAUAAUGAAUGACAAACAUGGGAUCAUAUUUUCCAAUGGAGAGAACUGGAAAGAGAUGCGACGCUUCGCUCUCAGCAACCUGAGGGACCUUGGGAUGGGAAAGAGAGGAAGUGAAGAGAAAAUCAUAGAGGAAAUUCAGUAUCUGAAAGGAGAGUUUGAUAAGUUUGAAGGAAAACCCUUCGACACGACACAGCCUGUGAACUACGCCGUGUCAAACAUCAUCUCAUCUAUCGUGUACGGCAGCAGAUUUGAAUACACAGACCCCCAGUUCACUGAAAUGGUCGACAGAGCAAACGAGAAUGUUCAUGUUGCUGGAUCGACUUCUAUAAUGCUUUACAACAUAUUUCCAUGGUUGGGUCCAAUCUUAAAAAACAAAAGGAUUAUUGAGAACAACAUUGUGCAAAGUAGACAACAUAUGAUGAAGCUGAUCAAUGGGCUUCUGGAGUCUCUGAAUACACACGACCGCAGAGGAUUUGUCGACUCUUUUCUUAUUCGCAAACAAAGUGAAGAGAAAUCUGGCAAGAAGGACUUAUACUUUCAUCAGGACAAUCUUAAGAUGUGUGUGACAGAUCUUUUUGUUGCUGGUACUGACACCACAGGAACGACUCUGCGCUGGGGUCUGAUGCUCAUGGCCAAAUACCCUCAUAUACAGGAUGGAGUUCAGGAGGAGAUUGACCGAGUGAUCGGUGGACGUCAGCCGGUGGUGGAAGACAGAAAGAAGUUACCGUAUACAGACGCUGUGAUCCAUGAAACUCAGAGACUGGCAAACAUAGUACCCUUGAGUCUCCCUCAUAUAACCACCUGUGACGUUACCUUCAACGGUUACUUCAUCAAGAAGGGCACCACUGUUAUUCCUCUGCUGACGUCUGUUUUGAAGGAUCCAAAUGAAUGGGAAAAACCAAACAGCUAUUAUCCAGAACACUUCCUUGAUGAGAAGGGACAGUUUGUCAAGAGAGACGCUUUCAUGCCCUUUUCUGCAGGACGCAGGAUGUGUCUUGGAGAGAGUUUGGCCAGGAUGGAGCUCUUCCUGUUCUUCACGUCUCUUCUUCAGAGCUACCGCUUCACGACUCCACCUGGAGUGUCUGGAGAUGAUCUGGAUCUCAAAGGAGUAGUUGGAAUCACACUGAAUCCAUCCCCACACAAACUGUGUGCGAUCAGACGCUCAUGAUUCAAGAAAAUACAAUCAACAUUGUAGCUUAUUUUUUACACAAUUUUGAAGAGUAAAUGUAUAUACGCAAAUAAUGAGCAGUGUCUGAAAGCAUGUCUGACUUUUGGUAUUAUAGAACUUCUCAGGCAAUUACAGUAGUAGGAAUUAAGCUUUCUACAUUAUAAAUAGAUGAAUACUGUUGUAACAGAUUUUUUCAGAGAAAU